CAUCAGGAACUCUAGAUAUUCACGAAAUGAAGCUAUUGAGCCACUCAGAACUAUUCGAUCUCGAUUUUCGAUGAGAAGUUAGCACCCCAUUUUUCAAAAAUUAUUUAAAAAUAAUUAUUCCUUCUGAGUACUAUAGUUGGGGUGCUAACUUCACAUACCUAUUGUCUCGUCUGUUUCGCAUUUAUUUUUAUUUGUGCGUCCCGCAGAUUUUCUGCAUCGAUGUAUCGUUUUUUCGUGCGUGUCGUAUCAUAAGUUUUACAGGAUAAUUGAUAACCCUCCCUCCCCUUGCGACCUUGUGAAUUUUGCGGCGAAGAGGAAGACGGCUGAGACUAAGGAGAGGAGAGCGAUUGAGAACGAAGUACCCGGCACUUGUGCUGUGACGAGCAAGAGAGGAGCACUAGGUGAGAGAUGCAGGUCGCUGAAUAACGAACCGAAAGUCGAGAGGGGAUUGCCGGAGACGAGCGCAGUAAAAUGGAUAGAUGGCAGGGCUCACUAUCGCAUCCUAAAAAAACUCGAUGAUAAUGACAUCGUAUGUGUACAGGGUCGCCAAUGCAGUUAUUUGUUUCGUUGCAAGAACGAAUAAAAGUCGAUACCCUCUAUGAUCCAAAGUGCAAUCCGCGAUAUGGGAAUUAUGGAUAUUUAUCAUUAUCUUAUCGAUGAAAUUUCGGAUCCCAGAGUUUCUGAUUGGCCUUUGAUGUCAAAUCCAUUUGGUGUAAUAUUGAUUUCACUCGCUUAUUUAUCUUUUGUGCUUUAUCUCGGACCACUUUAUAUGAAAAAAAGAAAACCUUAUGCGCUUAUCAAGACUAUGAUAUGUUAUAACAUUUUUGUUGCAACUGCAAGUGCAAUUAUUUUCUAUGGCUUACUUACAUCUGGCUUUACAACACAUCUAUCUAUGGGAUGUGAACCUUUUGUCAUUUCAGAUGAUUCUAUGUCGCUUAGCAUGGCUCGAUGGGUAUGGUGGGUCUUAAUUCUAAAAAUCACUGAGCUUGCAGAUACUGUGAUUUUUAUUUUUAGAAAAAAAUAUAAUCAAAUUUCAUUUCUUCACGUAUAUCAUCACACAGUAACUUUCCUUUUGGCAUGGAUUACUUGUAAAUAUGCACCUGGCGGCAUGUGGACCUUUAUAAUGAUGCCCAAUUGCGUAGUACAUGUAAUUAUGUACACAUAUUAUCUUUGUGCUUGUUUGGGACCAAAAAUGCAGAAAAUAGUAGCUCCUUGGAAAAAAUAUGUAACACGUUUGCAACUGAUUCAAUUUACUAUUAUGAUGAUCCAUACGUUUCAAGCAUUUCUACCGUCUUGUGAACCAACGCGGAAACCAUUAGCAUACAUUUACAUGUCUCAAGUUGUUGUCGUAUUCUAUAUGUUUUUAGAUUAUUAUAGAAAAUCAUACUUGCGAAAGAAAAUUGAGUAAAUAUUAAAAGUAAUAUUUUACGCAAUAAUUAGCCCAGAAGAUAUUAAAGCAAUGCGUCAUAUUAAAGCAAUUUACAUCAGAUUUGAAUAAUUGUC